AAAACGAAUUAGUCGGUGACAAAUGCAUUGUGUUAAACAAAAGCCUGCUGGCAUUUUGCACUGCUCCAGCAAGAUACAACUAUUCAUUUUGAAAACCAACAUAAGUCUUUGGAAUCAAAGAAAAGAGACGAGGAACUACUUUACCUGACAGAAAACUCUCGGCCUCUAAUCCACCCAUUCUCUCCAGCGUCUUGCAGAUGAUGGUGUGAUUGGGUUUGGCUUCUUCCAUUCUCUACCCAGCACAUCUCUGGUGUCAAACCCUCAACACACCACACCUCCCUAAUGUCAGAGGAUUCAGACCCGGGGUGCAGCUCCAUGCCCAGGGGGGCCUCCUCGUGCAGCUCCAUGCCCAGGGGGGCCCCCUCGUGCAGCUCCAUGGCCCAGCUCCAUCGUAUGAGCAGCUACAGCCAGGGUGGUCCAGACCUGGGUCUUGCCUCAGAGGGCAGUGACAGCAUCCGGCGUAAGAACGUCUGCUCACGUUCCCGCCACGACGACGUGGAGAUGAAGAGCAGUGGAUCCAGCGGGAGCGAGACCGAGUCACAUGGCAACGAGAGCCACGGAAGCCAUGGAAACGAGAGCCAUGGUAACGAGUCGACAGGUAGCUCCAACGGCAACAGCAAGGACUCCGCCCUCCUGGAGUCGUCUGGGGGUAGCAAGAGCCCCUCUCCUCCCAGUAGUUCCAAUGCCUUCAGCCUGCUGGAUUCUGAGCAGGACAACCCCUCCACCAGCGGCUGCAGUAGUGAGGAGUCCGCUAAGACCAAGACCCAGAAGGAGCUGCUCAGGACCGCCAAGCAGCUCAGACAUCUCCUGCCUGCUGACAAGAGGAACAAAGGCAACAAGUCCAGCUCCCUAAACACCCUGAAAUACGCCCUGCGCUGCGUCAAACAGGUGGAAGCCAAUGAGGAGUACUACCAGCUGCUGAUGACCAAUGACAGUCAGCCAUCAGGCCUGGAAGUGUCCUCUUACACCAUCGAGGAGAUAGACAGCAUCACCUCAGAGUACACCCUCAAAAACAAUGACAUCUUUGCUGUAGCUGUAUCUCUGAUCACGGGAAAUAUUGUCUACAUCUCAGACCAGGCCGCCUCCAUCCUCAACUGUAAACGGGGCAUCUUCAAGGAUGCCAAGUUUGUGGAGUUCUUGACUCCCCAGGACGUUAGUGUUUUCUACAGCUUCACCACGCGCUACCGCCUGCCCUCCUGGAGCAUGUGCACCGGAGCAGAGUCAUCCCGGUCGGACUGCAUGCAGGAAAAAUCGUUCUUCUGUCGGAUCAGUGGGGGUAAGGAGUGUGAGGGGGACCUGCAGUACUACCCAUUCUGUAUGACCCCCUACCUGAUGAAGGUGCAGGAUAAGGUCCAUUCUGAGGACCAGUUCUGCUGCCUCCUAGUGGCUGAGAAGGUGCACUCCGGAUACGAGGCUCCCAGAAUCCCUAGUGACAAGCGCAUCUUCACCACCACACACACUCCGAGCUGUGUGUUCCAGGAUGUGGAUGAGAGAGCUGUUCCACUUCUUGGGUACUUCCCCCAGGAUCUGAUUGGCACCCCAGUCCUUCUUCUCAUGCAUCCCGAUGACAGGCCUGUCAUGUUGGCCAUUCACAAGAAGAUCCUUCAGUACGCUGGCCAGCCGUUCGACCACUCCCCCAUCAGGUUCUGCACGCGGAACGGAGAGUACGUCAUCGUCGACACCAGCUGGUCCAGCUUCGUCAACCCCUGGAGCCGCAAGGUCUCCUUCGUUAUCGGGAGGCACAAAGUCCGCAUAGGCCCGGUGAAUGAGGACGUGUUUGUGUCCCCGCUCCCUGCCCUCAUGGAGACUAUGGACUCUGAAGUCCAGGAGAUCACUGAGCAGAUCCACAGAUUGCUACUACAGCCGGUGCACAACACUAGCUCCAGUGGCUACGGUAGUGUGGAAAGCAACGACCACCUUGCAGCAUCUCAGGUGAUGACCAGCGAGGGCAGCCCAAGCAGGACACACAUCGAGGAGGAGGGGGAAAGCAGCUGGGCCAAACCUCAGAGGUCAUUCCAGGAGAUCUGUAAAGGUAUCCACCUGCAGAAGAGUCAGGAACAGCAGAUCUACCAUGCCCCCUCCUCGGCCAUGCCUGAGACCAAGAAGUGCCCUGGCAAGUUCCUCCAGAAGAGUCCAGCAGGGGUGCGUUCCAAGGAAUCUGCAGCCCCUGUGGCCCCUCUGAAUUGGAGGGACAGUGGGGUCAGUGCUGGGGUCAGUGGGCUGAGCCUGGAGGACAGCAGCAGCAGGACUGCAGUACAGGAGGAGCAGCUGGCCUUCAACGACCAGACGGUCUACUCCUACCAACAGAUCAGCUGUCUGGACAGUGUCAUCAGAUAUCUAGAGGGCUGUAAUGUUCCCAUCACUAUGAAGAGGAGGUGCCACUCUUCUGACAACACUAUGUCCUCAGAUGAGGACAAGCAGAAAGGAGGGGACAAUCCCAUGCAAUUAUCUGAAGAGAUCAUCGUAGAUGUAUCUGUGGCUCGGGUUGAGGUGGAGGGGGGCAGCCAGACUCCCGGGCCUCCCCCCAAUGCUGUUUCACCUCCCAGCCUGGAGAGGGAGCCCUAUAAGAAGCUCGGUCUGACCAAACAGGUCCUAGUAGCCCACACCGUGAAGGAGGAGCAGACCUUCCUGUGUCGCUUCAGGGAACAGAGGGGAGUCCAGGCCUUCCAGGCCAACUGUUCCCAUUACCUGGAGCGCCAGAAGGGACAGGGCGCCGCUGAUGCUCUGCCCGCUGUGCGCCCAUGCACGCAGGCCGAGCCCGCUGCCCGUCGAAGUGGGCGCAACAAGAAGACCAAGUCUAAGCGGGUGAAACAGAACGAGUCGUCCGACAGUUCCGUGUCUCAUAGGAGAAGACAGCCGCAGCCCCGACCCCACCUUCUCAACCAUGGCCUCAACCAGACCUCCUGGUCUCCCUCCAAUACUUCCCAGUCCACUUUGCUGCCCCUGGCUUACCCCACCGUGGUGCCAGUCUACCCCCUCCAGGUCUACCCUGGGGCGGGCACCAUGGCUGGCACCAUGCCUACCCGCCCAGAGAAUUCAUUGGCAGGCUUUGGUGACUGCCAGAGCAACCAGGAUCCCCAGUGCCAGCCACCAAACAUCCAGCCCUCGCCCUUCUCUACUCCCAUGGUGACCCCCGUGGUGGCUCUGGUUUUCCCCAGCUGCAUGUUCCCUCAAAUGGGAAGCGGGGCUCCAGGACAGCAGCCUUUCUACCAGGCCGAGAAAGCCGGCUACCCCUCUCAGUCACAGCCCUUCCACCCACAGACUUCCCUCACCUUACCUGCUCAUGUUCCUUUCCCGGCUCAGCCACAGGCCUUUCCCCUACUGACGGCCUUCCCGAUCCCCGCCCAGCCUUUCCCACUCUCCAUGCCCAUGGAGGCUCCCAAGCCACCUGGGGAAACCACCCAGUCUCGCUGCUCCCCGCAUGCGACCAUGGGCGGCAGGGACCAAGCGUCCUCCCCUCCACUGGUCCAAUCAUGGUGCAGCUCGCCCCUGCAGCUGGAGGAGAUGUGGUGCUCCCUGGAGAGACAGGACCGCAUGGUGGUGGUGCCCUCUGUUGGCACACAAGGGAAUAACACCGUCAACAUGAAGGGAGGGAGCAUGGUCUGCCAAGCCAUGGAGAAGGUCAAGGCGCUUCGGCAGGUGGGCUCGCCGGGCAAUGGUAACCAUAGCGAUGUCAAUUCAUCAUCGAGUGACCUGCUGGACAUCCUGCUCCAUUCAGACUCUCGUUCAGGCACCAGCUCAGGCACUUCAGGGUCCAUGGGUUUCAGCUCUAAUGCCUGCGGAACCUCAGCUAGAACGUCUAACAGCAGAAUGUCUAAUAACAGCCGAACGUUGGGAUGUGGAACGUCAGCUAGCGGAGUAUCUGGCAGUGGCACAGUAAGCAGCAGCCACACAAGCAACAACAACAGCAGCAACUACUUUGGCACCGUGGACUCCUCCCAGAACAGCUGCCAGCAGGUCAAAGUGCACUCCAGCGGCGGGAGUGGUGGUAGCGCUAGUGAGGGGCGGCCAAUGGAGGUAGAGGAAAGCCAAUAUGACAAGUAUGUACUGCAGGAUCCGCCGUGGUUAGUCACCGCCAACGCUGACGACAAGGUCAUGCUGACCUAUCAGAUGCCCUCCCGGGGUAUCGACUGUGUGCUUAGGGAAGACCGAGAGAAGCUACGUGUGAUGCAGAAGAGCCAGCCGUGCUUCACCGGGGAGCAGCAGAUAGAACUGGGGGAGGUGCACCCCUGGAUGAGGAGAAGAGGGCUGCCCAAGGUCAUGGAUGCCAAGUGUGGGCUGUGAGGAGGACACUCCAGAGGUGUUGUUGUCUGAGGAGCAGCCUGGCCUGGAUAUGGGAGACACAGAGACUGAGGAGGUCAGCCCCUACAGGAAGCCCGGCGAGGAGCUUGAAUUAUGGACACCUUUAACAUGGACACCUGUCUCUCUUCUGGCCUUGGAUCAUAACAGCCACAUCCACCCCCUGAAUCUGCCCCUGUUAAUUGUAGCAGCAUCACCUCCGCAAAAGGCUCAUUCUCAAGUGACAUAAAUUAUUCACCAAGUCCCACCCUCAGCUGUCCCUGACAAGACCAUUUUUUAAAAUUUUACCAGGCAAGUCAGUUAAGAACAAGUUAUUAUUUACAAUGACAGCCUACCGGGUGAACAGUGGGUUAACUGCCUUGUUCAGGGGCAGAACAACAAGAUUUUUACCUUGUCAGCUUGAGGAUUCGAUCCAGCAACCUUUCGGUUACUGGCCCAAUGCUCUAACCACUAGGCUACCUGCCACCCCAUAUUAGACUGCCUAGUACCGCUUGCACCCUGCGGGUACAAACCUUUUCUACAACAAACUAAACUGUAUUGAAAUUCUUCUACAGCCUGAGAGACCAGGGAACAUACAGACUGUUACAUCCCACCUGGUCAAUUCAUUGUGUGUGUGUGUGUGUGUGUGUGUGUGUGUGUGUGUGUGUGUGU